AUGAUAUUCCUUACACGCGACUGUCACUACUACAAACGAAGUGAGAAACGAUUUACCAUUUUUGUUUAAUUAUACGCGUGUGUUUCUAGGCAUUUGAAUGAAUUUUGUCGUGACAUGUGUAAAUAAUUGCUCGCGUGUACGCACACACGAUUUCACCAUUUUUUUUCUUUUUUUUUUUUCUUUACUUCAAAAAGCCUGUGAAAUUUUAGGCUCUAGCCUUUAGGUAGUUCGAGUGUCGGACGUUUCCGCGAAACGUCGAUUAAACGAUUGCCCUCGAUUCGUCCCGCGUCUGCUCGCCUCGCCGCUUGUGUCGCUUCUCGGUCAACCGUCUCUUGCCGAUCGCGAGAGAUCGAUCUCCCCUGUGUCUUUUCAAACUAGAGAAAUAUAUAUAUAUAUAUAGAGAGAGAGAGAGAGAAAGAACGACGAUAGUCGUCGUGUAGCGCGAACGAAGGAAAGAGAGACACGACGGAGAACAGGAAAGGAGAGAACAACGAAAGACGAGACGGCGAUAAGGGUGGGAAAUUGGGAGGGGGGGGAGGAGAAAAAAAAAUAUACUGUAUGUGUGUGUGUGUGUGUGUCGGGCCAGCAGCUAGGUAAAUCCUGCAAGAUCGAUCGAUCUCUGGGUUGUUGUGGGUGCAGCCCCGCAGGGAAAAUCACGAAAAAAGAAAAAAAAGAAAAAAAAAAAAAAAAGUCGAAACGACUGACUAUUUUCUAGCUGACUAUUCGACACUGCUGAAGCUGAAGGCGCCCACGUGGACGCGGCACGAUCUGCAGGAGGCGAUCGAGGCGGUGGUCACGCAGAAGAUGCGCUUCACCCAGGCAUCGACGAAAUACGGAAUACCGAAAGGCACACUGUACGACAACAUCCUUGGAAAGACGAAGAGAAUGAUGGUGCUCGAGGAAGCGGGGCUGAACUCGAGCGAGGAGACCGCCGUCCUCGAGUUCUGUUGCGACAUCAGCGUCAGCCCGUACAACCGCCGUACGAAAAAGUCGCUGAACGCGAUCCUGAACUUCGUGGAGAAGCUCAGGCGGAAACGCGACCCUAACUUUGUCUUUAACGGCCUGUCCGGCUUCCGUUGGUGGUGGGCAUUCUGUAAAAAACACUCGAUCGUGUCGCUGUACUUCAACGACGAGAACGAGAACGAUCACUAUCAGUAUCAGCUGCAGUCGAUGUGGCAGAAGUGCUGGAACACCAACCAGAGCCUGGUGCACAACCUGCGCUUUCGAGAGCGCGGCCCGCUCAAGUCCUGGCGACCGGAGACCAUGGCCGAGGCGAUCUUCAGCGUGCUGAAGGAAGGGCUGUCCUUGAGUCAAGCGGCAAGAUCUUCGUCCAAAGGGCAGAGGCAGACCGCAAAGGAUCCUGCUGGGUGUUUGGCCGGACGAGCACAUUCGCGGUGUGAUUCGAGCGGUGGUGUUCCGCGACGGGCAUUCGCCGCAUAUGGUGAAGGAAGAGCCAACUUCGAUGUACCCGAGUUUGGCAAAUUACGCGGCGUGCAACGGCCCCGAAGGCGCGGUCAGCCCCGGAGCUGCAGCCGCGGCCGCGGUUGCUGCGGUCGCUCAAGGGCUGCGGCAUCAGAUGUGCAGCAUGGUGGCGGCGGCGCACUCGCAGCAGCACGACAUGAUGGCGACCAACCUGUCGACGAACCUGUCGGCGAACCUGUCGACCAGCCUCUCGUCGAAUCUGCAGGCAGCUAUGCAGGCCAGCCAGCAUCAUCACAACAGCAACAACAGCGGCGGCCCGGUGAUCGGCAGCAACAAUGGGAGCGGGAUCAUGGGCGGCGGAAACAGCGGCAACUCGCCGUUGAAUCUCGGCCUGGCCAGUCCGGGAUCUGGCGGCCCGCCGGAGAGCCCGAUGGAGAGCCCGUUGGCGAGUCCGCUCGGCCCUCUCAUGGACCCUGGCCACAUACCCAGCAGCGUGGAGGUCGGCAUCGGUGUCAGCGGCAUGACCUACAAGCCCGCGCGGAGCUUCGUCAGCCCGCGGCCGGAGAAUCUCUUCCAGGAGGACAUCGCGGAUCUCGUGAAGAGCCCUCACGGGCUCAAGGACAAGGACAAGAUCCCCGUCAAGCUGGAGCCGCUAACGGACUCGCGUUGCGAAUAGUAAGCGGCAGCCGCUCGAUAUCGAACGAGCUAAUCGUUGCUGGCCCGUUGGAUCGACAGACAGAGAUAGAGAGAGAUA